CGGAGAGGGAGGGGAAGUGUUUGUGUGACGGACUGAGACCCGUGUGGGACGUCCCGCAGCCGGAUGGAGCCUCUGGACAGCCCGGCCACCCGGCAGCGGAAGGCCAAAGGCAUGUUUGGCCUAAAGGUGAAGAAGAAGAAGAAGAAGGUCACCACCAGCCUGGUGCUGGAAAACAGAGGAGCUGUAGACAGCGAUGCAGACGUCAGUCCAGACCGCUCUUCUCUGCUGGAUGGAGCAAACUCUGAGGACCAAUCAGGAGCCUCUGCUGUCAGAUCCAGAAUCAAACCACAGAACAAGAGAGCCAAACUGGAGACUCGGGUUCAGGAGACUGAGAGCCGACCGCAGAGCUUCCAGAUCGCCAUCAACGUGACGGAGGCCAAGCAGCUGGUGGGAGAAAACAUCGACCCGAGCGUCGUGAUCGAGGUCGGAGACGAGAAGAAACAGACGACAGUCAAAGAAGGAACCAACGCUCCGUUCUACAACGAGUACUUUGUGUUCGACGUGUUCGCCCACCAGGACCUUUUCUUCGACAGAGUCAUCAAGCUGUCGGUGAUCCACACUAAGAUGCUGAGGAGUUUCUGUGUCGGUUCCUUUAAGUUGGAUGUGGGGACGGUCUACAAGCAGCCAGGUCACCAGUUCAUCAACAAGUGGGCGGUGCUCACCGACCCCAGUGACCUCAGCACCGGGGUCAAAGGUUAUGUGAAGUGUGACAUCAGCGUGUCGGGGAAGGGAGACUGCGUGCAGCCGGGGCAGAAAGGCAGUGACGCCGACGAGCAGAUUGACAAGAACCUGCUGGUACCUGAAGGUUUUCCUUCAGAGCGGCCCUGGGCUCGUUUCUAUGUGAAGGUGUACCGUGCUGAAGGUCUUCCCCGAAACAACUCCAGCAUCAUGGCCAACGUCACCAAGGCCUUCAUCGGAGACAACACGGCACUCAUCGACCCGUACGUGGUGGUCAGCUUCUUCAAAAAAGUGGGCCGUACGUCCACACAGAAGUCGACAGCGGACCCGGUGUGGAACGAGCAGAUCGUCUUCACGGAGAUGUUUCCUCCUCUGUGUCAGAGAAUGAAGAUCCAGGUGUGGGAUGAGGGGAGCAUGAGUGAUGUUGCCAUAGCAACCCACUACUUUGAUCUGCGACGCAUCUCCAACGAGCAGGAUGGAGACCGAGGGUUCUUACCGACCUUUGGUCCCGCCUGGGUCAACCUGUACGGCUCUGCCCGCAACUUCUCAUUGGUUGAUGACACUUUGGAGCUGAAUGAGGGCAUCGGAGAGGGCGUGUCCUACAGGGGCCGGGUCUACCUGGAGCUGGCGGUGGAGAUCCUGUCAGGAGGGUCGGGCUCCGAGUCCAAACUCAGCCGACUGGUCAAGCCGCUGAAAGACGGCAAAGCGACGAAGACAGGAGGGAAGGAGGGCAAGACGGCAUCAGGAGGAGCAGGAGGCACAGGACCAGCAGGAGGCGCUGGCGAGGAGGAGCGUGGGAAAGCUGUUGGAGCCGAGGUCCUGCCAGUGGACACUCCUCCUCAGCUGAGUACUGACGAUGGGGAGAACUUCCUGUUAUUUGGCGUCAUGUUCGAAGCCUCCAUGAUUGACAGGAAGAUCGGAGACAAGCCAAUCAGCUUCGAGUUCUCCCUGGGAAACUAUGGUAACAUCCUGGAGCCUGCAGGCCAGCCCAGUGGCGGCGGCGGCGGCGGCGGCUGGAGGUCGAGGGCAGCGGAUGGGCCAGACGGUGCAGACAGCCUGGCCUCGUCCCCCCCCAGCGCCUCCUCCCCCCUGUUGGCCAGAGAGGGUCAGGACGCUCCUGGGACGUCCCGCUCCACAACACCACCCGAGAAACCCGCCAUUGUGGAGGGAAACAGGCACUACAUGUACCUGCCUCUCCACAGUCGGAGGCCGUGUGUUCAUGUGUUCAGUCGCUGGGAGAACAGAAGCUACCGGCUGCACAACUCAAACAUGCUGGAGAACAUCGCUGUGCUGUUUGAAGAGGGCGUGGCCAGAGCUGCUGAGCUGAACAGGAAGUCUGACCCGGGGGCAGAGCCUCUGCUUAAGACAAUCCUGCAGGAGCUCUGUAUGGACGCCAGGAGUUUCAUAGCUACAGCGGAGGCCAAGCUGAAGGCGGAGCUAAAGAAAAAUUACCUGACUCAGCUGGACAGGAAACGCCUCACCAUGUGCAAACAGGAACUGGAGAGUAUGAUUGGAGAGGCAGAGUGUGUUGCAGAGAGGAAGAGGAAGAGCAGCAUGAAGGAAAUGCUGAAAGAUGCGACCAAACUGGCAACUAAACUGCGCUUCCUGGUGGAAGAGCCGCAGCACACGCUGCCCGACGUGUUCGUGUGGCUGCUAAGCAACAACAAGCGUGUUGCGUUCGCCCGAGUCCGAGCGAGAGACCUGCUGUUCUCCUGCAACCAGGAGGAGAGAGGAGACAAGUGUGGCAAGAUCCUCACACUGUUCCUGAAGCCUCCAGGGAAGCGUGCUGGUUGGUCUGUGAUGGCGAAGCUGGAUGUGUCGCUGUGGUUGGGCUCCUGUUCAGACUCCGCCCACACGCUGGACGACCUGCCUGCCGGCUUCAGCCCCGCCCCCGCCGAGGAAGGCCCGCCCACACACCUGCUCUGCACAGAUCAGCAUCAGUUCCAGCUGCGGUGUCACAUGUACCAGGCUCGCGGUCUGAUCGCCGCCGACGCCUCCGGCCUGUCGGACCCGUUCGCCAGAGUGACCUGCCUCUCCCACAGCCACACCACCACGGUGAUCAGUCAGACCCUCAGUCCCACCUGGAAUCAAUGCUUGGUGAUGAGUCGGCUGCUGUUGCCAGGCAACGCUCAGCUGAUCCAACAGGAGCCACCGUGCCUCGUCAUCGAGGUUUACGAUGAUGAUGCCCUGGGGAAGGCGGAGUAUCUGGGCGCGGCGGUGGCAGUGCCGGAGGUCCGUCUGACCUCUGACCUCUACACUCCGCCGGUGCUGCGGUACAGCCCCCUGCACUGCGGCAGCCAAUCAGGAGGAGACCUGCUGGCAGCCCUCGAGCUGCUGCAGAUCCCGAGCGGCGGCGAGGACGCUCUGCCUGCACUGGAGAAGCAGGAAGGCAGCGUCGUUCCCAUUCCCGCCAACAUCCGACCUGUCCUGAGCACCUACAGGCUGGAGGUGUUGUUCUGGGGUCUGAGGGAACUGAAGAAGGUUCAACUCCUCACUGUUGAUCGACCACAGGUGAUUAUAGAGUGUGCAGGUCAGACUUUGCGUUCCUCUGUCAUUCCCAGUUAUAAGUCCAAUCCAAACUUCUCUUCACUGGUUGAUGCCAUCGAGCUGGAGCUGCCGGAGAACGAGUUGCUCCACCCUCCUCUGAGCGUCAGCGUGGUUGACUGGCGAGCGUUUGGACGCAGCACGCUGGUUGGAAACCACGUCAUCAACAACCUGAAGGCCUUCACACACACCCCGCCUCCAGCCGCAGCACACGCUCCCACCUCAGCACACACACACACCGCUGCACACACUCCUGUGCCUGCCGCGGCAGCGGAGCCGCAAAGCAUCCUGGGAUUGUCUCAGGACACAGGAGAGACCAGCUCCACUGUGGCACUGACCAAUCAGGACUUCCUGAUCACUGUGGAGGAGGAAGCCCCGCCCCCAGCCCCGCCCACUCCACAGCCAAAACCAGAGAAGAAGAAGGACACCAGUAAGAAGAUCACUCACCGCUCCAGCAAGCGAAGAAGACGGACCAUCGCCGACGAAACAGCUGAGAGCGUCAUCGACUGGUGGUCAAAAUACUACGCCUCUGUGGAAAAGAUCCAGCAGGCCAAGCAGAGGGACGGACAUCCCUUUCCCCAGGUCUUCGAUAAAGCUUCUCCGUUCCAAAGCUUGCUCAGCGAGGGCGUAGACUCCCUGGUCAGCAGCCAAUCAGACGGAGACAGGAAGAAGAAGCAGAAAGGGAAGGCGAGCGUGGGGCUGAGCGUGGGGCUGAGCGUGGGGCCGAGCCUGGCGCUGCCGGCUAAACUGGCCACACUCCAGCUUUACAACAGGGAGCUGGAGGAGGAGUUUGGCCCAUUUGAUGAUUGGGUGAACACCUUCGAGCUGUACAGAGGGAAGGCCAAUGAGGAGGACGGCAAUAACGAGGAGAGGUUUGUCGGCAAGUUCAAGGGGCGAUUCUGCCUGUACAAGCUGAGUGAGGAUGAGGAGGAGGACGAGGAGGAAGGCCUGGACUCUGGGAUCUUCAGGGUCAACAGAGGAAUCCCACCAAACAUCCCCAUCAAAGUCCUGAUCCGGGUUUACAUUGUCUCUGCGUCGAACCUGCACCCUGCUGACUCUGACGGGAAGUCUGACCCCUACAUCGUCCUGCGGCUCGGCAAGAAAGAAAUCAAAGACAGAGACAACUACAUCCCCAAACAGCUGAACCCCGUGUUCGGAAGGUCUUUUGAGUUCCAGGCAUCAUUUCCUCAGGAGGCACUGCUGUCGGUGUUGAUCUAUGACCAUGACACGGUGGGAGGAGACGACUUGAUCGGAGAAACUCGCAUCGACCUGGAGAACAGGUUCUACAGUCGACACAGAGCCACAUGUGGACUCCCCUCCGAGUACAGCCUUGAUGGCUAUAAUGCCUGGAGGGACAGUCUGAAGCCAUCGGAGCUGCUGUCCAAGCUGUGCAGAGACAAUCAGCUGGACGGGCCGCACUUCAGGCCGGGACGCAUCACUGUGGCUGACCGAGUCUUCACCGGCAAGACGCUGUUCAUGGAUGAAGACCAGCCCGUGGAGUCCUAUGAGCACCUGUCCCUGAAGAUCCUGCACCGGUGGGCAGAGUUUCCAGUGGUGGGCUGCCGGCUGGUGCCUGAACACAUUGAGACCCGGACACUGUUCCACAAGGCCCGGCCUGGCAUGGACCAGGGUCAGGUCCAGAUGUGGGUUGAUAUGUUUCCUAUGGAUUUGCCUCAUCCAGGACCUUCAGUGGACAUUUCACCACGUAAACCUAAAGGGUACGAGCUACGGAUCAUCAUCUGGAACACAGAGGACGUGAUUCUGGAGGACAGCAACUUCCUGACUGGUCAGCAGUCCAGUGACAUCUAUGUUAAAGGAUGGCUGAAGGGUCUGGAGGACGACAGACAGGAAACAGAUGUUCACUACAAUUCUCUGACCGGAGAGGGAAACUUCAACUGGCGCUUCGUCUUUCCCUUCAGCUACCUUCCUGCUGAGAAGGUGGUCGUAGUCAGGAAGAGAGAGAAUAUUUUCUCUCUGGAUAAAACAGAGCAGAAACUUCCCGCCGUCCUCAUUCUGCAGGUCUGGGACUUUGAGACGCUUUCCUCUGACGACUUCCUAGGGACGCUGGAGUUGGACCUGCAUGGUUUCCCUCGUGGGGCGAAGUCGGCCAAGUCAUGCAAAGCCGAGCUGCUGAGCGAUGGGACGGAGAGGAUCUCCAUCUUCCAGCAGAAGAGAACGAGAGGCUGGUGGCCCUUCAGCAAGACGGGAGAGCUGACGGGUAAAGUGGAGGCGGAGUUUCACCUGGUGACAGGUGAAGAGGCGGAGAAAAAUCCGGUUGGACGAGCUCGCAAGGAGCCGGAGCCACUGCCCAAGCCCAACCGGCCCGACACGUCCUUCUCCUGGUUUGUCAACCCGUUCAAAUGUUUCUUCCACCUGAUUUGGCGAAGCUACAAGAAGUACAUCAUCAUCGCUGUGCUGCUGCUGCUCACCGCGCUCUUCCUCGCCCUGCUGCUGUACACACUGCCGGGGGCGCUGUCCAACAAGAUCGUCAGCGGAUAACACACACACACACACACAGGCCCUCCCAGUGCAUGGUGGGAAGGCUCCAGCACUCUGAUUGGGAAGAAGCAAGUAUGGAAUUUUUAUUGUUUAAUCUCACAUGGAAAUCAUCUUAAUUAAAGAAAACAUGUUUAGGAACAAACAGUUGGACUUUAAUGUGACAUCAUAGAACUGCUGUUUUCAAAAUA